GUCUUAUAAAAAUACAAUUGCAAGUGUUACAUAGAAAAAUGUUGAGUAUAAGAUUACCUCCUUUUCCAACUAUUAAAGAUAUCAUUAAAUUGUAUAAAUUGUCGGCCUUAAAGCAUUUGUCGCAAAACUUUUUACUGGAUGAACGACUUAUCGAUAACAUUAUCAAGAAAGCUGGAAAUCUUAAUGGAAGUCAUGUAGUUGAAAUAGGACCUGGUCCAGGUGGACUGACAAGAUCAAUAAUAAGAAAAGGUCCUAAGAAAUUAAUAGUUGUGGAAAAAGAUAAAAGAUUUAAACCAAUAUUAGAUAUGUUAGCGGAAUCUUUCUAUCAUGUAAAUGGUCAAAUGGAUAUUAUAUAUGAAGAUAUUAGAAAUUUACGUAUGAAUGAUAUAUUUCCUAUGGAAGAAAAAAAGGAAUGGAUGGAUGAUACUCCAAAUAUUCAUUUAAUUGGUAAUUUGCCAUUUAACGUUUCGACCAUUUUAAUAAUUGAAUGGCUUAAAAAUAUAUCAGAACAUAAUGGUCCAUGGACAUAUGGUAGGGCAAAAAUGUUAUUAACAUUUCAAAAGGAAGUAGCAGAACGUUUAGUAGCUGAACCAUUUGAUAAAGAAAGAUGUAGAUUAUCGGUGAUGGCACAAGCAUGGACUCAACCACGUCUCUGUACUAUUAUUCCAGGAAAAGCUUUUCUUCCAAAACCGGAUGUAGACGUAGGAGUUGUAACUUUUGAACCAUUGAAAGAGCCACGUACAAAACAUGAAUUUAAUAUUUUUGAAAAAGUAACAAGACAUAUUUUUAAUUCACGACAAAAAUACAGUAUCAAAUGUGUCAAAAAACUUUUUCCAGAAUAUUGUAGAGAAGAACUUUCAAAUUUGGUAUAUAAAUUAAGUGACUUAGAUCCAAUGAUUAGACCAACAAAACUUACUGUCGAGGAUAUUGAUAAAAUAACAACUGCUUACAAAUAUAUAAUAGAAAAACAUCCUGAGAUAAGCUCGUACGAUCAUCGUGCAUCGCAUCGAAUACUUAACAAAAAAUAUACUGAAAUUUUUUCUGUUAAUGAUAUUAUAGAAUGACAAGCAUCAUAAUUUGUAUAUUAUAUUUUGUUAAAAUGUAAUUGGAUUAGAAAAGUGGAUUCGUAUAUAUGUACCAUGUUUUAUUUUAUUUAGUCGCAAGAUGUAGUUUAUUACAAUUGUUUUAUAAUUUCAAUUAAAAGAUCGUACGUGUAUAAAAUAUACACUUAUAUACAUGAA